AGUGGUCUUAGUAAUUGGGCGAGGAGCCAUGGCUGGCCGUUGGUGUAUUUGCCAGGCGUCGACCGUCUGCUGGCAUAUUACCCGCUGCAAUUUGCCGGAGAGCGCUCGACCCUACAUCGGGGUCACACUAGGAAACUAAAUCCUCACUAGCAUCAUCUAUUUUUGGCACAAGUGCACGUGAUGCACGGCCAGCCGUCGGGCUGCCCUCCUCCUGUGUGCGAGGUUUGUGGCAGGCUGUGCGGCCGGCCUCGCUGUGAUGUCAGACAACAACAUUGCCAGUCUCCGCCAGCAGCACGCACGAUGGACCAAAGGCAACGAACCCUGCGAUGCUGGCAACAAACCGUCGCUAGUAACACUCACUGUGUCCUUCUGUCUUGUCUCUGAAGUAACAUGGCGUUGAUGUGAGCCUCCCUGGUGCUGCCAGCGUCUGCAGACGACUGUCUCCAGGCCGAGGGAUGGCGAAGGGAGCGUUUAUUAGCAAACGGCGCAUUUUCUUGUGUGUCUGCUGCAUCUUGCCCGUCGUACUGUACUCACUGGCACAGCACACAGGAUGGAUCCACAAUACCUUGUAUGAGACUUCAACCCAAAAAGUGAUAAUAAACUGGGAGCCUUCUACUGAAAACACACUGGUUACCAAAAGAGCAGACGACCAAGCCAUUUACAACCUUACCAUGGUGUCCGCAUACUUCGACCUCGGCAGCUUUGCAAAGGGGUCUCACAGCAACGUGCGAGGAAAAUCUCACUACGAAGACUGGUUCACAAAAUUUGGAGCUCUUCACAAUCCUUUGGUCUUCUACACCGACUCGGACACCUUCGCUCAACUCGCCCUCCGUGUGCGGGGAGGAGAGUUAGCAUCAUUGACGAGAGUGAUCAAAGUGUCACGUGACCAGCUGUGGAGCUUCCAGCUGCGAGAGAAAGUGGCCAGGAUAUACGCACAAAGCUCUUACCCGAAACACCUCCCCAACACAGUGAUACCCGAGUAUUCCUGCGCCAUGCACGCGAAGUUUGAAGUGAUGAACGACACCAUCUGUAAUCGCUAUUUUCCUAGCUCGCACUAUGCCUGGAUAGACAUCGGAUGCUUCCGAGACCUUGACAUCAAAGGCAACCAAACAUAUUCUCUUGUUCCACCUCAAGAUCUUAAUCCGCGGCUUGUGAUGUAUUCCGAAGUGUUUUCACCUGCCCUAACUAUGCUUCCCUCAAAAAUCUUUCGUGAAAAUAUUGUGUGGGUGGGAGGUGCGUCAUUUGUUGGAAGAGCGGAAGCAGUGUUGGAGUUCACCGAGCAGUACAGACGCGCCACGGUUCGAUUCCUGGAGGAGUGUGAACUGAGCAACAGCGACCAGCAAGUGAUCUACUCCAUGUUUACCAACGAAGGCAGAAAUCUGGUGAAACCCACAGUCGAGCUGCAGGUCAUUCACAGAGGCUGGUUCGGGGUCGGCUAUCAAUGCCUCAAAAAGAAAAACGAUAACUUUUUGUAAAAUCAUGUAUUUUGUUGAUCAUUUCUGUCCAAACAUCUUGAUGUUAUACGAUAAAUGAUUAUUAACCACAAAAUGAUUUUGUUUUCAUCGGUGAUUGCAGUUUUGGUUUUAAAUUCUGCACAAACUAUUUUUUGUCUCAAAAAUUAUACGUGGGCGAUGAAGCUAACCUCACAAGUAGUGCAAUAACCCAACUUACUGUUGCAACUACUAACUGUACUACUAGCUCUUUCUCGGCACUGACUUUCUUCUGUUUCUUGUUCCUAUUCGUCCCCAGUAGAGAAGGGCCUCAAUAUACCUGCGGUUUCUGUAGCAUUUUAGUUUUUACAGGGUGGAGUUGCUAGCCUCACACCCAACCCUCCUCAUUCAUCCGGGCUUGGGACGACAGGUUACCCGAGUGGUUUCCAGGCGGAGUUCUGACUUUCUUAGCUGUUUAGAAUACUACUUCCCUUCAUUGUCUAUUUGUCAACCUUGUAUAAUAUGCGGACAUUGCACAUACCGAUGGAAGUUCUUUAUCUAGCUUGACUGCAGCACGAUUAUUGUUGAUUCUGUCCUUGACUGAUACAACAUGAUGUUGUAAAUUGUUCAGCCAGUGUUGUUUAUCUACUUGUACACUUGGUAGUGCCCAUCUUUUCUCCAAGCAAGACCACGAGCAAUACCCUUCGACCGAUCGUAAGUCUGGGUAGGUGGACACUGUGCCUAGUCUGUACUAAGGGGUUGACUCCCUUUACCUUUAUCUUUCCCGAUAUUGCACAUGACAGUUGGACCACUUACCCUUGGUUGUGUGUGUGUAGGGGGGAGAAGGGGGUAAGGGGCUUUCGCCCCGGAUGAAUAACACGGGGCACUAGUGCUUCUCUGUUGGGGUGGUAGUAGGAAUGGAAUGGACCUGGUCGCCGUAGUCUCCUACCUCUCUAAAAAGGUACAACAUACAUCUAUACUUGCAUACAAAAACAUACAUACAAACAAACAAACUACGUAUGUUCUCCAGUAUUUUAAGACAGUGAAAAUAUCUUCCAUACCACAUUCUCUAAUCAGAUUCAAAAGCGGUAUUUAAACACUCACAUAUCUAUUUCAAAAUGUGAUUAAAAUAUUUUUUAUCACAAUUUACUUUUUUAUUUCUUUGUUUUUAUUUGUAUUUAACUUUUACUGACUUAAUGACAGUCAUGUUACCAGUGUAUUUUGUCAGCUGUGGCUCAGUGACUGGCAGCAUGGUAUUGUUUUCAGUGUCAUUUCAUUAUCUCGUGUGAGCACAGAGAGGCGACCUGCUUUGGUUGUAAUAGUGCAAGAUAUUAUUAUUAUUAUAUUAAAGUGGUCACUGUUAGCAGGGUUAGCCUAUUUUUAAGUGGUAAAGGAGCAUGAUAACAUUGUUAGAAUGUUCAUAAGUUUGUCGUAAAGAAGUUUAUAUCCAGCAGUACAUACUGUUACUAUUCUCCUAAUAAUUUAUCCAUCAAAAAUUAACAUAUACUUAAUAACUGUGUAACAAGAAAUGCUGAAUUAAAGAAUGAGUCAGUCCAUGCUUUACUGUAUAAAUAUUCGGGAUACAUUAGAUCAAGGGCUUUCACGCUAGAUAAAAUAUACUUUUGUAAAUUUUUUUAUCAGUUUAUUUUCCCAGCUUUUAACAUGCACAAAUUAUGAAUGUUCACGUGGGACGCAAUAAAGUAUUUAUAUUCGUAUU